CCAUUUUUGGUGUCGCUGCAGCCAGGAGACCACCUAGCUCGGCUUCUUCGCUGCAGUCCCGGACCCCAGCCUGGAGCUCUUCCGCACACACCGUCCCGCUCUGCUCCUUAAAUAAACUAACGACGUCCGGGAGUUUUUUCGUCAGCGCCCCCCCCCUUUUCCCCUCACUCGCACUCGCCGGUCUUCCCGCCUCCGCGCCACAUUGGUUUUUUUUUUUGUGUGUUGCAAAAGAGGAGGAGCGACUGAAGGAGACAGGACAACCGACCGAGGAGUCGUCGGCUCGCCAGCGAACAACAAACCGCACAUCGCGCCGUGCCGUGCCGUGGCCAACACAACAACACACGCACCAACUCGCCGGCUCCUUCCUCCCGUUCACCUUCAAACCAAAGGACUUACAUUUAAAAACAAAUAAGAGUCGCGUCAGUGCGAGGAAGAAGGAAGGACGAGCUUUUCAAAAUAAAAAAACCACGGACGAUAAAUCGGGAGGAAGAUCGUGUGACAACGCCAUUAUCGGCAGCAAUGGAAGUUGUUGUGACGGAAGAGAAGAAGAAGAUUUUCCGCGCCAGGAAAACCAUGAAGAUCAGCGACCGGCAGCAACUGGAAGUCCUUCACAGCACUCUGGUGACGGCGGCGGCCGGCGCGUCGGAACCUUCCCCGCCUCUGAUGAACGGCUCUCACAAAGAGGACGGGCAGAAGGGCGGGGACGGCGAGCAGAACAGCCACCAGGACUCCAACUCCCCGAUCGCCACAUCGCCCGCCUCUCAGAGCUCCCCGGCACCGUUCCUGUCACUCAACCUGUCCCCCUCGCCUGUGCCCUCGCAAAGUCCGAAGGACAAGGAAGACUCUGCGCCUUCUUCGCCAUUCCACUCGAUAAACUUUGAACUGAAAAAGUUGGACGAGAAGGCUGACUCGUCAGAGGAGACUGUUGAUGCAGAAGCAAAGGAACCCAAAGAGCAGAAGGAUGAGGGUGCCAAGGUUUUGGAAAAAACACAGGAGGACCAAACCACGCCAGAAGACAAAGCUAGCGAUCCCAGCGAGAGCUCCGUUAAAGAAUCAGAUUCUUCUUUGCCCCCGGCAUCUGACUGUGUCGUCCCGAUGGAAACAGACUCUCCUCCAAAGGCCACAGCCCCGAUAAAGUCUUCUGAAUCUUUGACUUCCGAUUCCUCCGCUCCUUCCUCUCCUUCUUCCUCUGUGGAUAUAAAGGCGGAUGUAAAACAGGAGGCCAAAUGCAACCAAGAGACCAAGAAAAGCUUGUUAAAAGAGGAGAAGAAUGAUGUCAUCUUUGUGAAAGUGGACACCAAAAAGGAGAAAGUGGAAGAUGGGCAGACGUCUAAGCCAUCUCGCCCAUCGUCUACUCCACCGUCUAAUACAGUGUCGCACGAGAGUAAUUCUUCUUCCGGACUCAAGCGGACUUUAUCAGAGGGCUUCGACAACGACGGGCAGGCUGUGAAAAGAGAGGGGAAGAGACCGAAGGUGGAACGAGGAGAGUUGGAGGCUGAACUGGAACUGAAAAUAACGGCCAAAGCCGGCAGUCACCACAAGCUGGAGAAGAUUGUCCAGCAAUUGGUGGAGGAACGGUUGAGGGUCAUCGAGAUGUCCAUUUAUGAGAAGAAUUUCCAGGAACUGAAGGGCAGAGUUGACAAGAUGGACUGUGCCACUAAACACCAGACGGCCAUCCACUCUCUACAGGCCAAGAUAGCCCGACUGUCCAAAAAGUUUGGCGAGGCUAAUCAGGCAUCAGAGAACAAAAGGAAACAAGAGGCGCUUGCUGCCGCCGCUGCCGCCGCCGCCAGUGCUUCUGCCGCCGCCGCCGCUUCUGCCGCCGUCUCGGCCGCCAAGACGUCACUCGCAACCGCCCCUCAAAUUUCCCGGCCAGUCGUCCGGGCAUCCAUGGAGCUAAAGCAGCAUUCAGGGACAACCGUUACUAUACCCCACGUCACUGGAAAGCUGGCCCCGCCUGCUCCAGUGUCCACCUCUACAACCAUGGUCUCACAGGCCCCCAUCAUUAAACUCAUCACCUCCACCUCCAAUGCGGUCUCCACCUUGGCCACUGGCAUCACCACUCAGACCUCUCCAGGCACCCUGCUGCUGAAGACCGGCCCUGGGAGCAGCAUGAUGGCCACUGGCCAGCCACUCCUCAUACAGCUCCCGCUCUCCAUGGCCAACGGCCAGACCGGAACCCUGGUCAACAUCCCGGUGUCUUCUCUGUCUGCGGCCAGCUCGCUCAACAAGCCCAAAACCUCCACUUCCACGGCCACUUUCAUCAUCAAGCAGGCUCCUGCCAUCACCACUUCUGCAGCCUCUAUUCCAGGCGCCGUCACCGUGUCGGCGCUGCAGGGUCCACCUGUUCAGAAGACCACGGGUCAGCUCUCGCUCGCCCGAGCGGUGUAUCAAGGCGGCGCCGGGGGGAUAACGACCCCGAGCGCAGGCGUGUCCGUGACCACGGCAAGGUCUGUGGCUCAGCCCGUGUCUGUAGCUGGAGCCAUGUCCACGCUCUCCUCAUCUGCUACUUCUGGUCCAGCGGCAACAGGAUCAGCAGCUCCAGGACCACCUCAAGGAACAUCUUUGACAUCCAAAACAGACAACCUCGCCACAGGAUUCACCCCGUCCAAAGCUCCUGUAGCAUCUGUGGCUACACCCGCAGCUACCACCCCCGUAGCACGUCCCAAAGGCUCAGUCAUUGACCUGACUGAGGACGACGACGACGUGAUGGUGACCGGAGUGACUGCGGCCACGAUCCCAGCCCCCUCGCCCACCCAGCGUCAGCACACAGUCAGCGUUCCAAGCAGUUCCGGUGCCAGGUCUUCCCCGCAGAGCAGCCAGAACACCUCCAGCAGCAACCCGUCAGGGAACACCCGCCCCCAGCUGGAUUCCUCAACAAAAGCGCGUACGUCGACGACCACCGCCUCCAUCCGCGGCACCGGCACCACCCUGCCGCCCCUGCCGGCGGCGCCGGUGCCCAUGGCGCUGCCGGCGGAGGCCCAGCGGACCUCGCCCCCCCAGCAGCCGCAGCUCAAACUGGUGCCGAGUCAGACGGGCAUCGUGCUGUCCUGGUGCGUGUCGGAGACCGACCUGACGUGCGCGGCGGUGGAGAGCUACCACCUGUACGCCUACCACCAGGACAACUCCAGCGGCGGCGCGGCGCAGCAGCACUGGAAGAAGAUCGGCGAGGUGAAGGCCUUGCCGCUGCCCAUGGCCUGCACCCUGACUCAGUUCCAGUCGGGCUCCACCUACCAUUUUGCGGUCCGGGCCAAGGACAUCUACGGCCGCUUCGGCUCCUUCUGCGAACCCCAGUGCACAAACGUCAUCAAUUCCAGCUCCAACUGAUAAGUAUUGGCCUUUGACUCUUCUUCUUUUAGUCCACCUCGGUCUUAGACCCAGUCUGUAAAUACUUCUCUGCGGGGGAAACUGCAAGUUUGUGUCUUUUCCACGGUGGAUAGGGUUUGUAUAUACGACUAUUCCUCCUCGCUGUCCAUACGGAAUAAUUUAUGUUAUCGGCUCAUGUUAGUCUCACCCAUUUGCUCUCCUGGAGACAUGAUGUCACCAGGGUCGUCAUGGAAACAGAAUUGCACAAACGUGUACGUGUGGUAGGCAGUGAAUGACAACUUUUGUAAGUUUUGUCUGGUAACCAGACUUGUGACAAACACAAUAAA